UCUGGUAACACUUAGCAGAAGGCGGGAGCGUGGGUACAUUGAGCAUCAGUCGACCAAAUCUUCAGAUUAGUUUGUAGUUUCAUCCCAAAACAGUGGUCUGACGGCAUUUUAAGUUAGCAUUGCACCCGAGUUAGCCCGCCUCAUCACAGUUUUCAGCACGAUGACUCUUCCGCAAGCACAGCUGGACUUUUUCACGACGGCGACCAGUAUGCUGGAAUGGCAUUACAAUCUGGAGAGAAAUAAGCCGGGUCUGCUGGAACUGACCGGCGUUAGCCAGCAUGGGCGGGCCACGAUGAGCGGACUUAAUGACUACGAUUACCAGAGCCUGUCGUUUUUGAAAUCGGAUAGAACACAUAACCUACAACAAAUGCGAACGGUGACCAAGUCGGCUAUUCCCAACGAGAUUCUGGAGCACUUUAAGCACAUAAAAUGCCACUGCACCAUGGGCCUCUUUCCGGAAAUCGGACGUGCCUGGCUGACUAUCGAUUCGGAAAUCUACAUCUGGACGUUCAAUCAGACGAGGGAUGUGGCGUACUACGAUGGCCUCAGUCAUCUGAUCGUAAGCGUUGGCCUGGUGAAACCAAAACCCGGCGUCUUUGUGCAGGACGUCAAGUACCUCCUGGUUCUCACUACGCCCAUUGAGGUCAUUGUCCUGGGCGUGACAUUCGGUGAGAGCUCGUACAACGAAAUGCAGCUGAUGAACCGGCCAGUUUUUGUGAUUGGUACCGACAACGUGUCCAUCAGCGUCAUCAAAGGAACGGAUGACGGCCGCAUCUUUUUGGGCGGUCGCGAUGGCUGCCUCUAUGAAAUUUACUAUCAGGCCGAGUCCAGUUGGUUUGGCAAGCGAUGCAAGAAAAUAAAUCUCUCCCAAGGACUGGUCUCCUAUAUGGUUCCCAGUUUUUUGAAGGUCUUUUCGGAAGUGGAUCCAAUCGAACACAUUGAGAUCGAUAACAGUCGCAAGCUUCUCUAUGUCCUUACGGAAAAAGGUGUCAUUGAGGCUUGGGACAUCAGUACGAGUUACACGACAGCUCGAAGACUAGGUCGGAUUACCCAGAACGAUAUUACGAAUCAAGCAGUUAGUCUGAUCACGACUGUGGACCCGUCCAUUUUUAAAAGUGUGAAAGCCAUCUGCCCUCUGAGCGCCGACGAUGCCGACAAACUACAUCUUGUGGCCGUUACUCAGUGUGGUGUGCGGCUCUUUUUCUCCACAACAUCGCUAAAUGUGAAGCAACAAUUUGGUCCCGCGGUUCCUUGCAGUCCAGGUGAGAAUACAGGAUUCGGUCAGCCAGCAGUUCAGCCACCACUGUCUCCAAAUGCUGAGGCUCCUAAGGGACUUUAUCUGCUCCACGUGCGUCUACCACCCGGCUACACCCCAAAUGCCACCACCAACAAACCAAAGCAGGUCCAUGCCGCUCACUACACGGAGGGAACCAUGUUGAUGAUCACAACGCAACAGCAUGAACAGGAUCUCCUCUGGUCGCUCAGCUCUGCCCCAUCGGUUAACUUUACCUACCUGGUGGAGUCGACGGCUCUGGAGAGCCUGGAUGGAGUUGUUUGGGGAUUGGCUGAGGUACAUGAACCGUCGACGCCACAACGAAAGUCACCCUUAAAUAGUGCCCGACACGCCCGCAAAGUAGCCCUGCUCACCAACCAAGGCACACAUAUCAUAGAGGUGCUUAAAAUGGUGGACGUACUGCGUCAGAUCCUUCUGUCGUGCAAUGGCCCACACCACGAGGAGGUGAAGAUGUUCUUCCAGUCGCAGAAUCAGCGAGAGGCAUGUGUCACGGCUCUGCUGCUGGCCACAUCGGAUACUUAUCGUGGCAGUGACGUUGCUUUGUGGGCCGCCCAGGCGUUUAUGCUGUACGGCGGAGAGCCAUGCUAUCAGCAUCAAAAGUUCCUGAACGCCAGCAACCGCAAUAUGGCUAAUCAAACUCUAGGCCCGAAUACGACGAAUGUAAGGGAGCGUCAAUCCAUGUUUAUGUCCACGCCAAUGCCGAAUAGCGUGGCAAAUAGUCCGGUUGGUUUUCCUGGAUCGCAGUUCAAUCAGCCCAUAAGUCCAAUUGGAAAUAUGCAGCCACCACAGGUGGCAGUUAGUAACGAGAAUUCCCCAAUCGUUUUCUCGGCCAAACACGACGGACUUUACAUGUAUGUCUCCCGCAUGCUGCAUUCUGUUUGGCAAAUGCGCUGUGUAAAUGAGCAAUUUUGCUCUAAUCUAAGUCAGAGUGAGUGUGCCCUCUUGCUAUCCGAUCUGCGUUCCCUGCGUAGCUUUCUGGAAGUGCACUCUGUGCACGAUAUUUCCUCGACUACUCGAGUGUCAUUUGAUAACCAUUUGGAUAGAACCAAUUCAUAUAACACCAUCAUGAUGGGCAACACUUUGCUGCCAAUUCCUGAGCAACGCGUAUUGUCCGAGCAGGCUCAAGUAGAGGAAACACGUUCGCUUUCCGCUCUCAACCUAUUUGUCAAACAUGCAUGUGAGGUUAUAUCGCUGUGGAACAUCCUAAACUCGCAUUCCUUCCAGCUGAUAUGCGUGCAACUCAGUCCGGAACAUCAGAAGUUGUUGACAUGCUCCACCUUCCGGGAUCUUCUGAUUACACGUUCAGAGGUCUGCGCAUUCUUGAUCAUCUCGCUGAUCAAUCUGUAUCUGAAGGACGCGGCGGGAGUGUCUGAAGUGUCCAAGAACUUACGUGAGAACUGCCCCAACCUAUACAGGCAUGAGGAUGACGUGACCUACAAGGCCACCGAGUUGUUGAUGAAUGCAAAGAAUUGCACUUCGGCAACCGAAAAGGAACAUAUGCUGCGAACCACCCUGCAUAUGUGCAAGGAAGCUGCUCCCACAUUGCCACUGCAUAGUAUUUGCAUGCAAUUCAUAUCGGCUGACUUCUUUGAGGGAGUGAUCGAGCUUUCGGCUGUUUGUGCCUCAAAAAGUGAUCCAGAGGAGGUUGGUGUUCAUUUCUAUAACAAUGGGGAACCCGCCGAUGAUCGCGAGGGUUACACUUGCUUUGCCACAAGGAUGGCCUACUACAAGGAAGUGCAACUUAUGCUGGACCAUAUCUACCAGAGAGUAUGCAACAAGACGCACGUUCAGGAUAAGUCUAUAAAUCCACUUAAAGGUACGGCUAAAGCGUCCGAUGCAAAAAACGGUGCUACGCAAACGAUUCCAAAAAUAGUGGCCCAUACCCUAAAGGUGAAAGACCCGCUCAUUCAUAUAACGCUCUACGAAUGGCUGCUGGCCCACGACAUGCUCAAAGAGCUUUUAGACGUGGUUGAGCCGUCAUUAGGAGAGUUCUUGCGGCGCAGUGUGUCGCAAAAUGUAGAUAAUGUCGUUCUUAUCGAUUUGCUGUGGAAGUACUACGAAAAGAAUAGCCAUCAUUCCCAGGCAGCCCAUAUAUUGGACAAUUUGGCUAUGACACGCAGUGAAAACAUUAAUCUGGAGCAGCGCAUUGAGUACUUGGUGCGUGCUGUUAUGUGUAUGCGAAAUGGUAACGUUGGCUCUUCAUUAAGCAAUGGAAUAUUCCUGAAAGAGCUAGAGGAUAAGCUGGACAUCGCACGAGUUCAAAAAUCAGUGCUUGCCGCGAUGACAGAGUUGGCUAGCGAUAAGCUGGAGGCAGCUACGGCUGUUAAGGAACUAAACUAUGCGUUGUACGACAUAACUCAGCUAUACCAGCACUUUGCGGAGCCCUUCGACCUUUGGGAGUGCCAAUUGUCCAUACUCAACUGCUCGCAUCACAACGACCCCCUACUGAUCGAGUCCGUUUGGGGCCAGAUUAUCAACAGCGUUGUGGAUAAGCCGGGCACAACUAGUGAGCGCUGCAAUAGGUUAUUCACGAAAAUCGAAAUCUUGGUAAGGGAGUAUGGCGAGUCUGGAGUUUGCUUUCCCUUUGCCUUUCUCAUAAGGGAACUGGAAGUUAAAGCCUGCCAACUGCGAUUUCCCGAGGGCAUAGUGCCGGAAAAACUGGUGAGUAUGAAUUUGGACAUUGAACUGCUCCUGGAAUACUAUUCGAGAAUGAUUUCAAUGAACGAACGAGUGUGGGCCAACGAGGGUAAUGAGUGGCAUUUAAUACAAUCCGUCAUACGAGUGGUCUCGCUUCUGGCAGACAACGCACAAUCUAUUUGGUACCGGUCAAAACGACGAAUUGUUGGCAAGGCUCAAGACAUAGUGGCCGGCUGCCUGAAUAUUUGCUACCAAAAGCCCGACACUAAUCGUCUUCAACAUUCACUCAAGGAACUUCAGAGUCAGCUGCAGCGGUUGUUGAUUUAAAGCCGUCGGCCUGCGUUAUUUUAAUUAAAUUUUUGAAAGUGCUGGACUAGACGUUAAGUUUGACUGAGAUAUAUAUUGUAUUUGUAUUAAACAUGUUAAAUAAAUUGAUUUCCCCACAGAUCGUUGUUCGGAUUCCGAGAUGGCAUGUAACUCAUGAGGUGUCCAUCAUUUUUAGAUGAGCUUCCGUCAGAAUGCACUUCGUCAUGUGACAGGAGCAAGGCACUGGAUGCUCCUCUGUGUUGGGGUCUAGCAAAUCCACCUCCAGAUUGUAUUUACGCAUAUCGGCAGCACUGCGCUUCAUUGUGAUUUGAAAUGCAAUGGGUGACUUCUCCUCCAGAUUUUCGCAGGAUUCCUCGGGCAGGACGACUACACACUGCUUCCAAUGCGUUGGCGGGGAUAGCGGCGAUGUGCUUAGAACAAAAUCUUCGCCAGGAAACUGUACAUCGAACCAAAUGCAGAAGCCCUGGUGAUUGCCCGCCUUCUGGGCUGUUAUUACCUCCUUGAACUGAAUGCUGUCCAAAUCGCUGGCUUCCACAUCCAGCAGAUUCAUCCAGUGAAAGACGACGCCCUCGUGCAGAAGAUCUUGCGGAUUCAGCUGUGUAAUCUCCGGUCGGGAUGACUUUUGGGUUCUGAGUUUUCUGGCAAACGUGUCCAUUUUGAUGCCGUCCACGUUGUGCCAAUCAUCGAAGAGCGAUGGUACCGAGCAGGGUGCCACGAAAAUUGUGCACUCGCUGGGGAACAGGAGUCCACCCUCCUUGAGGAACUUGUCCCGGGCCAGGAGAACCGAGUCCAACAUGCCCUCGUGCAGCAGGUAGAAGCCCAUCCACUCGGACACAAUGAUGUCCACCUUUUCCGCCUCGGCAGGCAGUACGAAUUCCUCAACACGCGACUGGAUCACCUUCACCACGUUCGUCAGGCCGUUAUCCUCAAUCAAAUCCAGCGCAACUUUGGUGGCCACAUUGGAUGCUUCUACGGCGUAGACCAAACGGGCUCCUGCUUUCGCACAAAAGGCGGACAGAAUCCCUGUGCCGGCACCAACAUCCAUUACGAUCUUGUCCUUGAACAGAUCCUUAUUCCCCAAUAUCGCAUUGUAGUAGGCUUCUUGCCGAGGACGAUCCUUCAGCAUGAGCUCGUGGAUCUGUAGUUUGGUCACUAUGAGUAC